AUGCCAGAACCGUCCGUGCCUCUGCCAAGAGAGUCCCAAUUAGAUGCGAAGGUUUCAGCCCGGCCAAGGUGAAGGAAAGUUGCUGCUUAGCUGGGAAGUGGGUUUGCCCCUAAGGAGGACAGGCACUCGGCAGAGAACUGCUCCCCUCCCCUCCUUGGAAGACCACCGCACCCCCUCCCCUUUUCCCAACCUCCUCCCUCGCUUCUCCUCCCACCUUCCCUUUUCCCACUCCCCACUGACUCGGAAGCCUGGAUGCUCUGCCGCCGGGCCGUGGUCCAGCACGCAGCCUGGAGGGGGCGGGGGCAGGGGCCACUGUGACAGGACGCGGCGCGCACAAGUUGGCCAUUUCGGGGGCAAAAUAAGUUCUCCCUUGGACUGGGAAAGGACAAAGCCAGCAAGCUACCUCUUUUGUGUCGGAUGAGGAAGACCAACCAUGAGCCAGAGCCCGGGUACAGGCUCGGCCGCCACAGCUGCCACCGCGGUCCGCUCCAGUCCCUGCCAGGAGUUGGUGAGAGGAAUUUGGUGACAGCCUCUGUUAGUCUGCUCCUCCUUUACACGAAGGACAGACCAAAGAUCCAGUUUGGCAAUGAGAGAGGAGGACUAGCGGGCAGCAUUGGCGCCAUCCACUGACAUCUCCCAGAGGUACAGACACAGGACUCAUGAAGAUGUUGACAAGACUCCAAGUUCUUACAUUAGCUUUGUUUUCAAAGGGAUUUUUACUUUGUUUAGGGGACCAUAACUUUCUGAGGAGGGAGAUUAAAAUAGAAGGUGACCUCGUUUUAGGGGGCCUAUUUCCUAUUAAUGAAAAAGGCACUGGAACUGAAGAAUGUGGGCGAAUCAACGAAGAUCGAGGGAUCCAACGCCUGGAAGCCAUGUUGUUUGCUAUUGAUGAAAUUAACAAAGACAAUUACCUGCUCCCAGGAGUGAAGCUGGGUGUUCACAUUUUGGAUACCUGCUCAAGAGAUACCUACGCAUUAGAGCAAUCACUGGAAUUUGUCAGGGCAUCUUUGACUAAAGUGGAUGAAGCCGAGUACAUGUGUCCUGAUGGAUCCUAUGCCAUUCAAGAAAAUAUCCCACUGGUCAUUGCAGGGGUCAUUGGCGGCUCUUACAGCAGUGUUUCCAUACAGGUGGCAAACCUGCUGAGGCUCUUCCAGAUCCCGCAGAUAAGCUACGCAUCCACCAGCGCCAAACUCAGCGACAAAUCGCGCUACGAUUACUUUGCCAGGACCGUGCCCCCCGAUUUCUACCAGGCCAAAGCCAUGGCCGAAAUCUUGCGUUUCUUCAAUUGGACCUACGUGUCCACCGUGGCCUCGGAGGGCGACUAUGGGGAGACGGGGAUCGAGGCCUUCGAGCAGGAAGCCCGCCUGCGCAACAUCUGCAUCGCCACUGCGGAGAAGGUGGGCCGCUCCAACAUCCGCAAAUCCUACGACAGCGUGAUCCGCGAGCUGCUGCAGAAGCCCAACGCGCGCGUCGUGGUUCUCUUCAUGCGCAGCGACGACUCCCGGGAGCUCAUCGCCGCUGCCAGCCGCGCCAACGCCUCUUUCACCUGGGUGGCCAGCGACGGCUGGGGUGCGCAAGAAAGCAUCAUCAAGGGCAGCGAGCAUGUGGCCUAUGGCGCCAUCACCCUGGAGCUGGCCUCGCAGCCCAUCCGCCCGUUUGAUCGCUACUUCCAGAGCCUCAACCCCUACAACAACCACCGCAACCCCUGGUUCCGGGACUUCUGGGAGCAGAAGUUCCAGUGCAGCCUCCAGAACAAGCACAACCACCGGCGCCCUUGCGACAAGCACCUGGCCAUCGACAGCAGCAACUACGAGCAGGAAUCCAAGAUCAUGUUCGUGGUGAAUGCGGUGUAUGCCAUGGCCCAUGCCCUGCACAAAAUGCAGCGCACGCUCUGCCCCAACACCACCAAGCUCUGCGACGCCAUGAAGAUCCUGGACGGGAAGAAGCUGUACAAGGAUUACUUGCUGAAAAUCAACUUCACAGCUCCAUUCAUCGCAAAUAAAGGUGUAGACAGCAUUGUCAAGUUUGACACUUUUGGAGAUGGCAUGGGACGAUACAACGUGUUCAACUUCCAGUAUGUGGGUGGCAAGUACUCCUACCUGAAGGUUGGUCAUUGGUCAGAAACCUUAUCACUAGAUGUUGACUCUAUCCACUGGUCCCGGAAUUCAAUGCCCACUUCCCAGUGCAGUGACCCUUGUGCACCCAAUGAAAUGAAGAAUAUGCAACCAGGGGAUGUCUGCUGCUGGAUCUGCAUCCCCUGCGAGCCCUAUGAAUACCUAGCUGAUGAGUUCACCUGUAUGGAUUGCGGCCUUGGGCAGUGGCCCACUGCAGACCUAUCUGGCUGCUUUGACCUUCCUGAGGACUACAUCAAGUGGGAAGAUGCCUGGGCCAUUGGUCCAGUCACCAUUGCCUGCCUGGGUUUUAUGUGCACAUGCAUGGUUGUGACUGUUUUUAUCAAGCACAACAACACACCGUUGGUCAAAGCAUCAGGCCGGGAGCUCUGCUACAUCCUGUUGUUUGGGGUUGGCCUGUCCUAUUCCAUGACGUUCUUCUUCAUUUCCAAGCCGUCACCCGUCAUCUGCGCGUUGCGCCGACUGGGGCUGGGGACCUCCUUCGCUGUCUGUUACUCAGCGCUGCUGACCAAGACAAACUGCAUUGCCCGCAUCUUCGAUGGGGUAAAGAAUGGCGCUCAGAGGCCAAAAUUCAUCAGCCCGAGUUCUCAGGUUUUCAUCUGCCUGGGUCUGAUACUGGUGCAGAUCACGGUCGUGUCUGUGUGGCUCAUCCUGGAGGCUCCAGGCACCAGGCGGCACACCCUUCCAGAGAAGCGAGAAACAGUUAUCCUAAAAUGCAACGUCAAAGAUUCCAGCAUGUUGAUCUCACUUACCUAUGACGUAGUCCUGGUCAUCUUAUGCACUGUGUAUGCCUUCAAAACGCGGAAGUGCCCAGAAAAUUUCAACGAGGCCAAGUUCAUUGGUUUUACCAUGUACACCACGUGCAUCAUCUGGUUGGCCUUCCUCCCUAUAUUUUAUGUGACGUCAAGUGACUACAGAGUGCAGACAACUACCAUGUGCAUCUCUGUCAGCCUGAGUGGCUUCGUGGUCCUGGGCUGUUUGUUUGCGCCUAAGGUGCACAUCAUCCUGUUUCAACCCCAGAAGAAUGUGGUCACGCACAGGCUGCACUUGAACAGGUUCAGUGUCAGUGGGACUGGGACCACAUAUUCUCACUCCUCUGCCAGCACAUACGUGCCGACGGUGUGCAACGGCCGGGAAGUCCUCGACUCCACCACCUCAUCUCUGUGAUUGUGAAUUGCAGUUCAGUUGUCGUGUUUUUAGGAUAUUAGAUGAAAGUGCUCAUGUGCAGCUCCAGAAUGUGGAAACAGCAAACGAAUACCCCUAGUACCUUUUUUUAGAAACAGUACAAUAAAUUAUUUUUAAGGACUGUACAGUAUAUAGUGAUGUGCUAGAACUUUUUAGACUGAUUUUAGUGAUUAUUAAUGAUUCCUUAGAACCUGGAAAUAACCCAUUGUUUACAGAGCUGAGCACUGGUGACAGGGUCUGACAGGGUCAGUCUAUUAGAAAAUAUGGUGGCAAUAUUAGAUAACUUUUUUUCCUAUGAAGUUUUUUGUAGGCCCUUGUUGUAACUAACUUAGGAUGAGUUUCUAUGUUGUAUAUUAAAGUUACAUUAUGUGUAACAGAUUGUUUUUCUCAGCACAAAAUCAAAAGCAUCUGUAUUAAUGUAAAGAUACUGAGAAUAAAACCUUCAAGGUUUUCCAGCA